CGGUCAAUAUUUCCCGCAACAUUUUCCAUGUUGUCAUCUGCUAAAACAACAAUAUUAACUGGAUUUCAUUUACAAAACAGCAGUAUUCAUAUACAUCCAAAAUGUAGUCUUAAAAACAGAAGAAAGAAAAAGUUAAACAUGAAAAACAAAUAUGUGAAGAGAGAGGUGUACAACUUUGCCUAAGGAAUACAAUCUUUUCACAGACAGAUGUUAGUUUGACUGGUAGUAAGACGAGUAUGACAUCAUCACAGUUAGUAGAAAGCGAGUUACUUUGCCCGAGGCCGCAGCAGGAGGAUGGUACAGCACUAAGUCAGAGAGAUAUAGAUUUGUCCCAGAGAUCGGAUAGUGUUAUAUUGAUCGAGGAGGGGACUAUUAAAAAGGAACUUGAUGUUGAAGACUUGAGUCAAGAUUGUUCGUUGUUAACUGAUCGCUUACCAGAUGUUAUAAGCCAACAACAGAUGAAUCAUGUGGAUUGUUUAAGGAUGAGAAACAGCUUAACAGAAAUUCUGGAAGAGGUCAAGUUAAGACGGAACAAUGAUUUGGAGAAUGAAGAAAGAAUUCGACAUCUUGUACAGGAAAAAUAUGAGAUGGAGAGAAAACUGGAUGGAGAAAAAUGUCAUUUUGCCUCCUUGUCAGAAGAGCAUGACAAGAAAGUUGCUGAAAUUAAACGUCAGUUUGAAGACAAAAUUAAAGUUUUACAAGCAGAAGUUAAACAGAACCAAGUGUUUAAAGAUUGUGGACAAAAAGAGACAAAGUCACUUAAAGAUGAUAUUAGAAGCUUACAGAUAACAAAUUACAAUUUAGAGAAGAAUUUGAGAGAACAAGGGAGAAAACUCCAGCUACAAACUUCAUCAACCAAUCAGCAUCUGAAACAACUGUCGUCUGCUGAGGAAAAAUUUCAAACUAUAUCAAAUUACUGCAAGAAAAUAUCAGAAAGUCAAGAAAGAUUGUCCAGGAAUGUUAAAGAAGCUGUGAAACUAAACAGAGAUUUAAUGUACACAAAUGAACACCAGAAAUGUAUCAUAGAACAACAUAAAAGGGAGAUUACUCUUCUCAAUAGUCAGAUUCUGGAUACAAAGGUCAAGGUUGAAUCCAAACCUUUAGAUUGCAGUAGAAUCGAACAAGAACAAGAAUUAUCAAAUCUGAAACAGCAAUUAGAAAAUGAGAGAAAAGAUCAUACCGAGACAGAACAGGAACUUAACAAGUCCACUACUAAUUAUAAGGAAACAUUAUUAAAACUGCAAGAUUCUCACAAGCUGAUAGAGCGUCAUCUACAAAAUGCUGAGGCACAUCAAAGGGAAAACAAGUCAUUGUCAAUUGAAUUAGAGACUUGUAAAGAAAAACUGAAAAAGCUUGAGAUUGCAUUAGAUUCUCUGCACAAAGAACUAGAUAUACAAAAAACAGUACACAGUGAAUCCAUAGAAAAAUGGCAGAAAGAGGAAGAAGACUUAAAAUCCAGAAUUACCAAGUUGACAGAAGAAUUGGAGACAGAGAAAUCCGACAAGGCUGAGUUGGAGCAGCUUAAUACAACAUGGUCAGUACAGAACUUCAGACUGUCAGAGGAAUUAAAUGCAGCAAAGGCGAUAUUGGAGGUUCCCAAGGAAAAUGGAGAAUACCAGACAGAUCUAUGUAUGUUAAACAUGAAGGAUUCUCAAUGUCAGAUACAACCAGAGUUAUCUAACUUUGGUAACCAAACAGAACAGCCAAGACAUUACCAUAUCACCUCACAGACAGAUCCUCCACCAUGUUCUGAAUUCUCCUCUCAGACUUACGCACCAGCUCUUGCAGUUUCUGCAACACAAACACGGGAGCCAUCAUUGAUUAAUAGGUCAGCUCAAACUGAGGCUGAGGCUGAAGACGAGGAUCUUUGUCUUGAAAUAAAAAAAGAAUUCAUUUUAACAAAAUCACUGCCAGAAUUACAAAUUAACAAAGAAAGAGAGAUAACUCUGGUUAGAAAAUCAGAUUCAGUUGAUCAAAGGGAUAUUUGUCCUGUAGUUACUAAAACCAUGACACCUCUGAAUGGAAUGGAGAAAUAUUUGUCUUCUGACAAUGCAAAGGAUGAAAAAGUCUGUGAGGAAAGUAAUAAUAGUUCUUCUACUAUUCCAGAAACUCAGGAAUCAGGUGAAAAAGUCAGUGCUAAAAGUGCUAAUCAUUGCUCCAUUAUUCCAAAACCUCAGCAUUCUGAUACAUCAUAUAGUCAUAAUACUCCAUUGAAAAAAAAGUCCUUCAUACCAGUUAGAAUAGAAACACAGCAAUCAACUGCAUUAUAUAGUCUUAAUACUCCACUGAAAAAUAAGUCACUCAGCCCAAAUAGAACAGAAACACAGCAAUCAAAUGCAUUAUAUAGGAAUGAUACUCCACUGAAACAUCAAUCACUCAGCCCAAAUAGGACAGAAACAGGUUGUAAAUCAUAUUUUCAAACAGAGUAUUUAGUUUCCUCUAAAAAGGAUAAGCCCGUAGAAAUGCCUCAUGAAAGUGAGUUUGGUGAGAAGGGAGAUAAUCAAGGCAUAAAAAGUAUGUAUAGGGCAUUCUCUGUUAACAAAGAAUUUUUAAAACUAUAUGAAACAGAGAAAGACAACGUAAUUCAACCAGGGAAAAGUUUAGGUAAAGAGGAGGAAAGAAAGAAUUAUAAAGAAACAAGCACAGAGGGUCAUGUGUCUAAUAAUGUUCGCGAGAAAGAAGUAAGGACUAUUUCUGGAUCAACAAAUGUGUCCAAAGAUGAAAGUGAUGAGGACGAUUUUGUUGUUGAGAAAAGGAAAGAAAAAACAAUGAAAGAUCAGAAUAUUUUAUAUGGGUAUAGUACCGAGAACAAAAAUAGAGAAUGUUCUGUUAUAAACUCAAUUGGAGAGAAGUCAAACAAAGACCAAACUACAGUCAUGGAAGAAAAUAGAUCAUUGAGAGAAACACCAAAGAAAAUGAGUUUAUACGAAAGUCAUGUUGAUGGAUAUUUAAGUAAAAUUAAUUCUGGUAAUUUACAAAAUACUGUGGGCGUCAAAAUGGUUAAACCUAGAGACAACCAGGAUGUACCAAAGUCUUUAAAAUUUGUUGAGUAUUUGCAACCUACUGAAAAAGUGUGUACUAAUAUUGGCAGAUUUAGAGUGGAAACAGAAAGCCCAAAGGUCAAGAGUUCAAGUCCAAGUAGUAAGGGCUUUUUGUCACUUGUUAAAAGAAGAUCUAACUUUUACAAAGAGAAUUUAGGCCUUAAUAUGAACAAUAGUGCCAAAAAUCCUCUAGAUUUCCAAGAAUCUGAUGAAAAUCCCGUUAAAAAAUCGUCAUCGGCUGAUAAUCAAGUAUCAAGUCUUACAGGGCCCAUUGCUGGGUGCUCUCUUGGUCCAUCUGCCAGAGACAAUCAGAAAGAUGUAAAUAAAGCAGGGUGUAGUGACACCAACAUGACAGAAGUAUCAAAACUUAGCCCGUACAGUCGGUAUAAAGCCUUGCUGAAACCUAAAAUGGAAAAAAUAAGUUCUCUGAAACAAAAGCCAGAAGGCAAUAAAGUGAGCAGUGCAAAGAAAAGAGGAAUUUUAAAAGAGUCUCCAUCAAAAGAGAAGAAAAAUGUAACAUUCUCAGAGAACAUGGUUCAAGUAAAGCAUCUUACCCCUGAGUUUAAUAUGUCUGGAGACCAGUGCCUUUAUUCAGAUGAUGAUGAAGACACUAUUGAAUUGAUAUCUUCACAGGAAGACUGUUCAGAGGAAAAAAGACCAAGAUUGUCGUAAUUAAGACAUGAAAAACAUUUUUAUUUGCAGUUGUUGGAAAAUUAAAUUUUUAACAAGAAUGUCAAGGACAGUCAUGCAAAA